AUGGCUGAGACGAAGAUCCAUCCUCAGUCCACUGAGGACUUUGAGUUCAUCGAGACUCCGGCUGCCUCCUGUACGACUCCCCACGAGGACUGCGGUGUGCGCACGACAUCGUAUCCCGCCAUUAAAAAUGCCCCCGUCCCUGCGGAUGCCGCUGGCAGUGAUAGCUUCUCCAACACCCUUCUCUUCGCGCUGCUCUUCCUGGUUCCUUGGUACCUCGCCCGCCAGGUGGGUGGUGGUUUCUACACCACCAUCUUCUUCGCCAUCUUCACCACCAUCCCCAUCCUGAUGGCCUUCUGGACCGUGGCUUCUUCCAUCUCUCCCCGCAAGAACGAAAAGGCCAAGUAUGCCGGCCGCCCCGUCGAACACUACCUCCACUUCCACAGCGAACAUGAUCGCGCUACCUACCGUGGCAAGAGCAAGAUCCCUAUGGAGGUCUUCUACGAGAAGUACUUCAAUGGUGAGGUGGACUUCAAGAUGGAUGCUCUGGAGGCUCUCGAAUUCAGACAUGAUUGGGCCAAUUUCCGUUUCACCAUGGGUCUCUACAAGCAUUUCCUCUUUGGUUUCCUUCCCGAGCUUCUGGUGCACUCCCGUUCCCAAGAUGAGGAGCAGGUCCGUGACCACUACGACCGCGGUGACGACUUCUACGCUUGGUUCUUGGGUCCCCGUAUGAUCUACACCUCGGGUCUGAUUAGCGACGUCAACCGGGAAGAAACCCUGGAGGAGCUCCAGGACAACAAGCUGGCUACUGUCUGUGAGAAGAUCGACCUCAAGCCUGGUGACACCGUCCUCGAUCUCGGCUGCGGCUGGGGUACUCUCGCCAAGUACGCUUCCGUGCACUACGGUGCUCACGUUACGGGUAUCACGCUGGGCCGCAACCAGACCGCUUGGGGUAACAAGGGACUUCGCAACGCGGGCAUUGAGGAGUCUCAGAGUCGGAUCCUGUGCCUCGACUACCGCGACGCUCCCCGCUGCGAAGGUGGCUACAAGAAGAUCACUUGUCUGGAGAUGGCCGAGCACGUCGGUGUGCGUCACUUCACCUCCUUCCUCUCUCAGGUUUACGAUAUGCUCGACGACGACGGUGUCUUCUUCCUGCAGAUCGCUGGUCUCCGCAAGUCCUGGCAGUACGAGGACCUCAUCUGGGGUCUGUUCAUGAACAAGUACAUCUUCCCCGGUGCCGACGCCAGCACUCCUCUGGGCUUCGUGGUCGACCGUCUGGAGGCCGCGGGUUUCGAGAUCAAGGCCAUUGACACCAUCGGCGUGCACUACUCCGCCACCCUCUGGCGCUGGUACCGCAACUGGAUGGGCAACCGCGAGAAGGUGGAGGCCAAGUACGGCAAGAGAUGGUUCCGCAUCUGGGAGUACUUCCUUGCCUCCUCCACCAUCACCUCUCGCCAGGGUGGUGCCACUUGCUGGCAGCUCACUCUCGUUAAGAACAUCAACUCCACCCACCGUAUCGAGGGUAUCAAGACUCAGUACGGCCUCAACGGCGCCCGUCAGGCUGCUGUCGAGAAGGUCGGUAACGGCGCUGUGCCCAGCGCUCACAUCGCCCCUAAGGCUUAA